GACGGCCAAUAGGCGGCAGAGCAGCAGGUUAUUUGAACUCUCCUCACACAGCUCAGCUAAAGCAGACAACAUCAUCUGACUUUUCAAACAUUAUUCCCUCAUAAGAGUCUGUCAUCAUCUGUUCCUGAGGUCAUCAAAGGAAGAACAACGGACACUUUUUAACCCUUUUUUUAGCCCGUCAAGAAUGGGAAUCUACCGUUUCUGCGUACAUCUGGGAGUCUACUGAUGCACCUGUUGAUUGAGGAAAACUCUGAAGAAUGAACGAAGUUGCUGUGAUGAAGUCUGAUACUGUGCUUCAUUUGGACGACAGCAGGAGAGCAGAGGAGAGGAACAGACUGAACUGUGGAGACUUUCCUCAGACGAGUUUAACAGACGGACAGAGCACAGAUCUGCUGCGAUGCCAAGAGACCACUGAAGGCAGCUCUGCCAUAAAGUACAGAAGAUAUGGGUCUCGUCUGAGUGGAGUCAAAGUUCGCCACAAGAGACAGGUGCUGCAGGAUAUGGCUCGGCCACUGAAACAUUGGCUGUACAAACACCGAGACAACCCCUACCCCACCAAGACCGAGAAGGUCCUGCUGGCUCUGGGCUCACAUAUGACACUAGUACAGGUUUCCAACUGGUUUGCAAACGCUCGCCGAAGACUGAAGAACACAGUGAGGCAACCAGACCUGAGCUGGGCCCUGAGGAUCAAACUGUACAAUAAAUACAUCCAGGGAAACGCCGAGAGGCUGAGCGUGUGCAGUGAUGACACCGACUCAGACGAUGAAGAAUGUCCCUCGCGGACUCCUAUCAGCCAGUCAAACUUUGGCAGGUCGUCUUCCCACAAGAACGUUCUCCAGAAACAGGGCAGCGUCCUCGCCAUGGCCGACUCCGCCAACAGUGACGACAGCACGUCACCUCCGUCCAAAUACAAGAGCAGCUUGCUGAACCGUUAUCUGAACGACACCCUGCGACACAUGAUGGCGACGAAGGCCGAAGACGUCGCCUCGGCCCGAAAGAGGAGGAGCCACUCCGAGUCUUUCAGCUCCAACGACUGCGAUCGAGAUGUCGUCUCUCCAGCGUCGUCCUAUGAAACAGAGGCCAACUUUGUCUACCACAUGGACGCGGUGGACUAUGCUUCAACCAAAUGUGACAGGGACCAGCAGCGGGACCGAGGCCCGCAGAGACGAGGCGACCAGAGCUGGAGGGAGAUCCACGCCGCCGUGGCUCUGACCAGCUUGGCUCAGGGGCAGAGCGGCUCCUCGGGGCCCAACGGCGCCACGGUGCUGCAGAGCUGCAGCCGGGAGCCCUUCUCCGUCCGCAGGACCGCGAUCACAGACAGGAUGUGUGUCACGGGACCCUCGUCGGGCCUACGGCAGAGCUGCGCCACGAGGCCCACCCUCACGAGCCGCAUCAUCCAGAAAUCCUCUCACAUCUCUGAGGUCCAGACUGUCAAAGUCGCCCUGGCAAACAGUGUGUAGGCUUCAAACACACCACCAGACGCCGAAGUGCCUUGCAAAUAUAUGUACAGCCUCUGAGUCCCACGAUUUUUUUUUUUUUAAAUUUCUGACAAGCCUUUUUAAUCAUUUUUCCACUGUAAAUAGAAAAACUAACCUAAUGCAGUUUUGUCCACUGUUUUUGCUCUGUUCUUAAUGUCUUCCUAUUGCUCCCUGUUGCAGUAAGUUAUAUUAACUUCCAGGAGACUGGAUCAUCAUCCAAUGCUAAAGUUUGACAGCAGCUAUUUGAAUAAACCCAAUGUGAAACCUUC